AUGGAUGCUGUCAAGGCCUACAAAGAGUCGCAAUUAAAGGUAGAAACACUUGAAGAGAUAAAUAUACCAAGUGGAUCAAAAUUAUCUGAUUCCGCAUCAGCUCGGAGCUCCAGUCCAGUUGAUAAUCUGGUUCAACUGGUGGACAGAAGAGCGGACAGGGUGAGGCAACAGAUAGGCCUAAUAUACGAAACCCUGGAUAGUUCAAGUGAGAUUGAACUAGUCAAGCAGCUGGCAAUAAUGAAAAGUCAUUGGUCCAACGUGACAAACACACUGAAACUGCUUGAAAACAAGUAUGACAGAACUGCCUUUGAUCAAGAUGAGGCAGACAUUCUGCAAUCUGAUGUUGCCGCACUAGAGAUGGUACUUCAGAGGAAGUUGGAACAGUUCAAAAGUUCCAACUACGCCGUGCCAGAACUCCCAAAAGUGGACCUUCCAACGUUCAAUGGAAAUGCGAAGGAAUGGCCAACAUUUUACGAGCUGUUCUCUGAACUAAUAGACAGCAGAAAGGAUCUCAGCAACACAAGGAAGCUGGGAUAUUUAAGAGCCUGCUUAAAAGGAGAAGCUCAAAUGGUGGUUAGCCAUUUGAUAACGAGAUCAGCGGCUAGCUAUGCAGCAGCGUGGGAGCUUAUCUGCAAACGCUAUGAGAAUAGCAGAAAAAUAUUCUCCCAACACUUCAACAAAUUAAUGGAACUGGAGUGCUUGCUGCCCCAUGAUGAGAAAAAUUUAGGGAAGUUUUUGGAUACUGCGACCGAGAGCAUAUUCAUCAUAAAGCAAAAAGGAAAAAUAGGAAGCUCUGCUGACGUAAUUUUAGCAGAAAUUCUGCUGCGGAAAUUUUCGCCAGAAGCCUUGCAGCUGUAUGAACAGCAUGUAAAAAAGGCAAGAGCUAUACAGUCCUUACAAGAUGUACUGGAGUUUAUUGAGCAACAAUACAACUCAGUAAAUGCCAUUACCAAAAAUACCGCUCAGCUUGCUACAAGAAAAGUGCAAGUUAGAUCGUGUACCUUUUGCUCUUAG